AUGACGUUGUAUCCUGUUUGCAACCCGGAUCUAAACGGCUUUACAGCUGAUUUAGCUUCCUAGAGCGGAGGUUUACUGGUUAAACCUGCUCCUGGGAGCUACGUCAGCGGUUGCUGGAACCUGGAGCGGCUAACUUGGCUUCAAUGAUUGGAAAUGAUACGCCCGGUUAUAUCUCCCGCACAUGCGAGUGCAAAACGAUUUCUGUUUGAGAGUUCUCCAGCUCACCGCAACGGGCUCGAUUUCGAUCCGAAGCUCAAUACGGUCUUUGAUUCUGUCGACGGCUCCUUCGCAGUGUUAUCUCGGAUAGCCCGCAAAGAUGAAGCUGGUUCUUUUGUUGUCUGCAGCUUACAUUGCAGUAGGCUUCGUUAUUCCUGGCCAGAGUUCUCUCGACCCUUUUAUAGGAUAUAGUGCCAGCAUCCCUAGCCCAGUUUCGGACGAUAGCGGAGCCGAGGGGGGAAUAGCAUUCUCUACAUCUUACACCGAGGAAAUAUUUAAUAACAUCGAAAUUGCCUCUACGUUGGCACUUUACCAGCCGCAAUCGGGCCGUCUGUCAAAGCCAGAGAAGAAUGCUGUCGAUGAGUUUAGUCAUGACUACUUAGAUGCUAACAGUCCCAACUUCUGUGGCCACCAUGGAGACCCUGAGAAAACAACAUACCAAUUGAUAAAUUCAACGAAAAGAACUAAGCUUUUUGCAAAGUUGGUCUCCCAGUUUGAUGAUAUUGUUGACCUCCUUAAUUCCACAAAGGAAAAUCACACAGUGCUUGUUCCAAGGGAUAAGGCCUUGCAGAAGGCUAUGAAUCACCACCCGCCGAAAGAAUAUGUGAAGAAGUUUGUUCAAUAUCACAUCUUAAAGGAACCGAAGACAGCAAGAGAGAUAUUCCACUCUCGGACGAUCCGAACUCUGCUAGAACAAAGUGAAUUGGGAGAUCAUGACCAGCGAAUCAGCACCCAAUUUGGUUGUGCCAAGAACGGUUUAGUACAAAUCCUCGACCAUAUCCUCCUCCCACCAUUCCAAUCGUCUGAUACAUUGAGUCUCGUUCCUUCGGUGUUCAGCGCUUUGGACUUUGGACUAUGGAAAACUGGUCUCUAUGAGAAGUUAAAUGAUACCUCAAGCCACACGGGCGGCACGUUCUUUGCGCCAACCAACAUUGCAUUUCGCAAGCUUGGUCCCAGAGUCAACGCAUUUCUUUUCAGCCGCUGGGGGGAGAAACACCUAAAGGCAUUGCUUGAGUAUCACAUCGUUUUCGGGCAUACGCUAUAUUCAGAUGCUUAUCAUCAGCCAAAGAAGGACGAAGAUAGUAAAACUAUCCAUGUUGAUUUGCCAACCCUCCUGGAAAACCAUCGCUUGAGCAUCGAUAUCGCACGCUUCUAUCGCUUUGCAACCAUGAAAAUUAAUGGCUUUAUCUCGGUUGCUAGUUCGGACAUCAUUGCAAGGGAUGGUGUAAUUCAUGUCCUGAACGACGUUUUGAUCCCACCAAAACAUCCCAAUCAUGACCGGUAUCCUUACAUUCCACGUCCUGGGGAAGAUGAUGAUUCUCCUGUACCUACUGUCGAGGAUAUUAUUGAAAGAUUUAACCCUUACAUCAGAGAAGAUUAAUUUGUUAUUUGCCGGGCAUAUUUCGGGACAUUUGGAAGGCGUUAAACUCGCGCAUUUGGUUUUUGCCAGGGUGAGAAAUAAUGCUAAUAGGGUGGAUUGCAUUUUGUAAACAAUAUGGAUAUAUAUCACAACCCAAUAUGGCUGAUAGUUGAACAGAAACCAGCGAUAUACUGUGACCU